AUGUCAGUGAUCAAAAUCUUAUGCUGUUUGCUGUUAACGUUUCAGCUCAAUGAGGGGAAGAAAGUCAAAGGAAACAGAGCAGUGAACACAGAGCAGAGGGCAGUCCUGAAGGUGAAAGAGCGGUAUGUCAGCAGUUCAGCCUUCAGGCUGUUUAUAGAAGGUGAGGACAACUGUACACUGGACCCUCUGCAGCUGCACUCUCUCACCUCCUGUGGUUUCAACAGCAGUAAUCCCCUCAUCAUCAUCACUCACGGGUGGUCGGUGGAUGGUAUGAUGGAGAGCUGGGUGCUCAGAUUAGCCACAAUCCUGAAGACAAAUCUAAUAGACGUCAAUGUGGUGAUUACCGACUGGUUGUCCCUGGCUCACCAGCACUACCCCAGAGCAGCACACAGCACUCGCACAGUUGGAAAAGACAUAGCUCACCUGCUGCAGUCACUUCAGGUAAACUACCAGUACCCAGUUAAAAAGGUCCAUCUAAUUGGCUAUAGCCUUGGCGCUCACAUCUGUGGAUUUGCUGGGAGCUAUCUGGAAGGCUCGGAGAAGAUUGGAAGAAUUACUGGUCUCGAUCCAGCGGGGCCCCUGUUUGAAGGCAUGUCUCCCACAGACAGACUGUCUCCUGAUGAUGCUGAAUUUGUGGAUGCCAUCCAUACCUUCACCCAUGAACGUUUGGGCCUCAGUGUGGGCAUCAAGCAAGCUGUGGCACAUUAUGACUUUUACCCCAACGGAGGAGACUUCCAACCAGGAUGUGACCUGCAAAGCAUUUAUGAGCACAUAGCCCAGUAUGGGCUCCUCGGUUUUGAGCAGACAGUUAAAUGUGCUCAUGAGCGGUCCGUCCAUCUAUUCAUUGACUCUGUGCUGAAUAAAGACAAGCAGAGCAUGGCCUACAGGUGCAGUGACAAAAAUGCUUUUGACAAAGGCAUCUGUCUGGACUGUCGGAAGAACCGUUGCAACACACUGGGCUACGAUAUCAAGAGGGUUCGCAGUGGCACCAGCAAGAGGCUCUACCUGAAAACACGCUCUCGGAUGCCUUACAAACUCUAUCAUUACCAGUUCAGGAUCCAGUUUGUCAACCAGAUGGAGAGGAUCGAGCCCACUCUCACCAUUUCACUCUCUGGAACAAAGGAGGAGAGUGCCGAGCUCUCCAUCACCAUCACUGAAACGAUUUUGGGUAAUAAGACCUUCACCUUCUUGAUCACCCUGGACAGAGAUUUAGGGGAUUUAAUGUUGCUCACAAUGCGCUGGGAGGGAUCGGCUCUAUGGAACAACAUGUGGAACCGGGUGCAGACCAUCAUUCCUUGGGGCGGCCAGAAGAGAAAACCACUCCUAACUGUGGGCAAGAUCAGCGUCAAAGCAGGCGAGACGCAGGAGAGGACAUCUUUUUGUGCCACAACAAAUGAUGGACAGCAGAUUGAAGUGUUGCAGGCUAAAGUGUUUGUGCGCUGUAAAGAAGACACACCAAAACAGCACAGAAGGAAGCCAGCGAAGCUGAGGCUAGAAAACAACUAGUAACUAUUGUGAACCGUGUUUACAAUUUACAGAGACAUGUUCAAGUUUGAUUAUGUGAUCAGAUGAUUAAUAAGCUAAGUACUGCAUGUGAUCUUCUCACCAGAACUUCGCAAUGUAGUAUUAAUAACCAGCCCAGACUUUCAUUUCUGUCCACAAGCAAAUGUUUCAGAUAUAAACAGUUGAGUGUUUGCCAAUUCAAAUGUUAACUGAAUUCAGAAGUUCAAUGACCUUUUGAUGACGUUAAUUAAGAGGGUGUACUUUUUUUCUUGAAUAUCCAAUGUAAAAUGAUCAAUCUCAUAAUAACAUCUCUUAACACCUACCUUCUUCCUGUAAAUCAUAUUAUACAAAUGUACGUUAAUCAAACUCCUACCAGAGCAUUAAAAAGUCUUUUUUGUUUGUUUUUUUUAGCCAUUGAACAUGCACUGGUCAUGUAUUAACUGAUUAUUCGCUAGAAUGUCUAGGAUACUAGAAAAGCUGACACUGGUAAAUUACUAGUGUAAAGACAUAGUAUAGUAAGUGUUCAUGUACAAUAAAAAUAAUUUAAAGGUAAAAACGUCUAACUGCUGACAGCUUGAGAGUCAAAACACAGAAAUCAG